GAUACCGCGUCGGCUCUGGCUGCGAUGCCCGCGUUCUCCUCCCAGCACCCUCCGACUGGAACCAAGAGAGCGGCCCCAGCGAGUGCUACGAAGCGUCCUUGUUCUGCUGGCUACACUGAUGACGACUUCGACAUUGUGGGCGACUCCGAUAUCAAAGCCGACGUGGACCACACGAAAGACUCUCUCAUGGCGGCCAUCGAGCGCACGAAAUCCGACAUGGCCAACAGCUUCUCCACCACCAUCGGCAACCUUGCCUCCACGGUCAGCGCCUCGCGCAAGUCCCUCGGCGAGCAGGUCGAGCGCAGGAUGGCGGCUGUCGAAUUUAAGAUCGCGGCGCGCGACGAGCGGUUCGGGGCAAUCGACAUCAAGUUGGCAGAACUCCAACGGCUGGUGGUUGUUAUCAGAUCAGAAGAACCUCCUCCUCAGUCUCUGGUGGACCGCUCGGCCUUCGACCGUGACCCAGACUGCGCCAUCCUGGUGGCGAGAUCGCGGACUCUUUGCACCAUGGACGAGUUCAAGAAGAGCAUCGGCCCGAUCCUGGGGGCCAACGAUCUUUCUCCUUCCGAGGUCGCCUUUGAGGGCGCCCCCGCUUCUACGAGGAUUCAUGUUCGUGUUCGUAGCGCCGUCGGAUACGCCGCGUGUAAGGUCGCCCAGAUUCUGGGCUCACAGCAUCUUGGGGACAACCAAUGGGCCCGCCACUCGGUCACAGACACGUCAGGCUGCUCGACUGACCUCUUCCUCGAUUCCGACAAGUCCCCGUGCCAGAUCAAACGUGAGCAGCUGGCCAAAACCAUCAGGUGCGCCUGCGCCGACGCCUACCCCUCGAAGCGCUUCUUCGGCAACAAGCACAAGGGCGAAAUCAGCGCGGGCUGGAAGCCGAUCGUUGCUAUCUCACCGAACCCCGGCGACGCCCCCCCGUCCAUCGAGCGGGCCGAGUCCAACCUCGUCGGCGAGGGCAUCGACCGCCAGCGGAUCGCCGACUGCAUCGCGAACCUUGUGUCGGGGCCAGAGCCGGCUCGCUCGUCUCUGCCCCCCCACUCUUCGCACGCCGGCGGCGUGAUCACGUUUCUCCCGAAGUUUAUGGCGUCGGCAGGUUUGGCCUUGCCGUGCAUCGAGGACUGCGCGCUAGUCCAGGGGAGGGCUUUGAAUGUUCGGAUCAGUUUCUCGGACGGGACCCUGGCCCCCCACUGCAAGAUUCACAAUUCUGGUUUAUCUAGUAUCCAGAGGGACUCCAUCAUAGAGGCUAUCCAGCAGGACUUCGGUUUGGCCCUCCAGAGCACGAUUAAGAUCCUCGGGAUCGUAGGGCGGUGCUUGGCUCAGUCGUGCACGGGAGCGCGCGUCCACGGGCUCCCUGAGAUCCCCCGCCGCGCCCGCCUCUCCGACCGCGCCGCCAUCUCCUGCGCCACCGCUCCCAUAAGGCCCGCCAAGGAUCGCGCCGCCCCCUCGGACAUGUUCAAGCGCCCCGAGCUUGCCGCGAACAUCGGAAAUAUUGUUGAGCAAGUGAACACGCGCGAGAUCCCCCCUUCCCUCCGUCUCGCCCUCCACAAGGAGAUCAUGCUAGAAGCCGCUCGGAUCACCAGAGACUCGCUCAUCCAGGGAGAGCCCAGCGAUCCACUUGCUCAGCUCAUCGUCCUCAGGACUAUUUCUCGCGUGGUCCGGCGUCAUCAUAUCAAGCUCGCCCAGCGCGUCAUGCGCGCCCGCGUGCAGGGCCCGAAGUUUUUGGAGAUCGACUCGGCGUCCAAUGAGUUUUCCUUCAGGGGCGCAGAGGCUUUCGAGCAGGCCGCCGACGCGGCGAGCGGCCGCCUGUUCCAGUCCGAGCGGGACAGGGCCAGCCUCCGUCUGCAGGAGGCCGCCUGCGAGCUCCCCCUUCAAGCUUCGCCGGCGCCUCAGAGGGUCCUCUUUGCCAUAGUCCCGGGGGUCAUCCAAGGGCGCCCUGCUUCGGGCAUGUCGAGCGCCAUCAGCCCCCGCCCGUUCAAGUGCCACUUCGAGGCCCACGUGGAGGCGCCCGGCCGCGCCAUGCCCGCGCAAGAAACUGGACGCGGCGCCUGCGACGCAGCCUGCACCAAGGACUACGACAUGCGCUAUGAGAGACGCCGCGCGACUUGCGAGACUACGGGCCCUGACGGGCCCAGUGCUUGCACGGUGUUGGCUGGGGUGCUCCAUGGUCCUUUGACUGUUCUCCAGUGCAUGAGCGUUGGCCGGGCCAUGGCCCCGGGCGCCACCACGACCCGGGCAGUGGGCGUCGCGGUGGGCGCGCCCGCGGCCUGGGCGGGGUUGCGGCUGGCGGGCGGUUGGCUGGCGGCGGUGGUGGCAGUCUCCACCACCUACCCUGCCCGCGCCUGCCAGGCCCUCGCGGGGGCCGCUGCUAGCCAACAGUUCCCUGCAGGCGCCGCCGAUCUGCCCCUCAGUGGAGGCACUGGCCGCGGUGACAUUGGAGAGAAGCUCCCGCUGGCGACGGGGGCCGCGGGCCCGACUGUCGCGGCGGAGCCGCCCGUGGCCGGCCUGGCCUUGGAGCCCGAUUGCGCGUCCGCGCUGGUGUUCGCGUGGCUGGUGGCGGGGACGGAGUUCUACAGGUUCUCAGAGCCCGUGCGCACGACCCAGCCUCACUCCCUUGUCCUUCGAGCACGUACCGCUCAGACUGAGCGCGGCGCAGUGGAGGGUUCCGGGCAGUACUACACCUGGGAGGGCGUCUCAGAGCUCCGUCGCCGCCUCCCCCUGCGAGUCGCGAGCGGGGGGGGUGACAAGACGGCGACGCCGCCUGGGGCCGAUGCUGGGCCGCUGAUGGAGGCGGCCGCUGCGGACGCCGGGGGCGCCCUGCGGGCCCUGGACCCGCCUGAGGGCCGCACCUGGGUCGUGGCCUCCCCUUGGGCGCUUCCCGUGGGACGCGAGGAGGCCCUUGCCGAAAGCAGCGUAGGGCUCGACGCCCACCACGCCGCCUCCCGCGACGGCGAGAGCCGGCGAGUCGCGGAGGCGAUCCCCGUAGAAGAGGUCGACGGUCACCGUCGGCGGCGACCCAGGGUGGCCAUGAACCUGCUGGAGGGCCUGAGCGGCGGCCGCCGCGUGGCACUGGAGGGGGGCCCCGAGUCUGCCGUGGUGCCCACUGCCGUCGGGGCUCCGGACCUGGAGGCAGCCGACAGGGACCUAAGAGACAGGCUUGGGUUCCCGGCGUCCGAGGGGGCGCCUGACGCCGAGGUCGCCGAUGACGCGAGGAGUUCGUGGGCGCAGCAUGAGGAGCGCGGGGGGCGCCACAAGCCUUGGCUCGAGGUCGUUCGCGAGGUGAAGCAGCACAUCUUCCGCGACUGCGGUGGCAACUCCCUGUCGUGGCCGGAGAUGUGGGCGCGGGAUCGGCCCAUCAGCUCGAGUGACCGCACCUGCAUCGAGAUGAAGUGCAUGCUCUCAGCGACCAACGACGCGGGGAGUUGUGUCCAGAUCAAUUCGGCCAGCAUGGUGAGUAUCGAGGCAGCGUGCCACGGGGUGUCGCAGAUCGUGGAGGCCUAUUCGAGCGACCCCACCAAGCCACCGAAGCGGGGCGGCCUGCAGCACUACAUGGGCGUGACAGGCCCGCUGGGCGUCGUCGACCUCGCGUCGAGGUCGGCCGUCUUCCAUCGGAGCAAGGAGGGGAGUGAGCUGGAGGACUGGAAGAGCCGCGCCGCCGGCGCGUUGGCGCCGAGCCCCCUGGCGUUGGUCGCGGGGGUGAUCGAGACGGCGGCGGACAUGGGGCAGCUGGGCGCGGUGGCAAGCUCGCCGCGCCCGAGGCGGGCCCGCCGGGACUUCGAUGAGGUUGUCGAUGCUUUCAAUUGGUUGGCGAUCCGAACUACUACAGACGCCAAGCCGAAUUUCGGCCAGGCGAGGGUGCACGCGCGGAUCCUGGAGUGCGCGGGUGACAGCCUGCCGCCCCUGGAGCUCUAUGUACGCAUGAUCAAGUUGCUCUACUCCAAGGGUGUGCUGGUGUUCUCGAAUGAGGCCGAGCGUCGCGGGGAGAUCGGAGAGGUCGGCCUUGUGAGCACCGCCAUCGGGGACCUCGCGGCGGCGCCCGACCGCCGGCUGGUGACCGCGUGCGCCGCCCUGCCGAUGGGCUUCACCUGGUCGCUCUACUUCUGCCAGGAGGUGGGAGACGCCGCGAUGGGCACCACCCCCGAAAUGGAGCGCGUCCACCGCAUGAGCGACCGAGGCCCUGCGACUGCGCUGCGCCCGUCGGCCCCGCUGGCUGCAGGAGGAGGCGCUCAGCGCACCUACGUGGACAACCUCGGAGCGUUGGGCUUCAACAGCGGGGACGUCGCCAGCAGCCCUGCCGCCGCCGCGGCGAGGUUCGACGCCGCGGGCCUGAAGACGCACGAGACGGCCCGGCCUUUCCACGACGUGGCCGUUCCGCUAUACGGCGCCGUCGCCCUGGUGUACGGCUUCCUGUACAUGUGGUUCACGCUCGCGGACGCCAUCGACGUCUUGCCCUUCUGCGAUGGUCAGGUGGUGCACUCCUACCCGCAGUUCCCCCUGGCGAGACACUGA